AUGGCGCCUCCAAAGAAACUCCGCCCUACUCCGCUCGAAGAUCCACCCACCGCCUCCUCCUCCGAUGAAGACGACCAACCACCUCCACUCAAAAAGCCAGAAGAUGAAGUAGUCGAUGAAGAAGAAGAUUCAUCCGAAGAAGGAGAGGAAAAAACUGAUGAAGAUGAAGAUGAAGGUUCUUCAUCCGAAGAAGAGGAACAAGUUCAACCUACACCUCCUUCACAACCUGCUUCCAAAAACCCUAAACCCGAAUCUGGUUCCGAAUCCGAAUCUGGUUCUGGUUCUGGAUCAGAAUCUGGAUCCGAAUCUGAUACUGAACAAGAACCUACUCCACCUAACGCCAAAGUCAAGCCUCUCGCAUCAAAGCCCAUGAAAGCCCAACCACAAGCCCAAGUCCAAGCCACUCCUGUACCGGCCAGAUCUGGAACUAAGCGUCCAAACGAGAACGAUGCUAAACGUGCUAAGAAGAAAACCACCGCCGCCGGCGGUGGUUCCGAGAACGAGGCGGAUGGAGACGGUGACGUGAAAAUGACCGGUGAAGACUCUAAGAAGAUGUAUCAGAGAGUCUUCACCGAAGAAGAUGAGAUCGCCAUUCUCAAAGGUCUUGCUGAGUUCAUUUCCAAAACUGGAAAGGAUCCGAUGAAGGACCCGGUCGGAUUUCAUAGUUUUGUGAGAAAAUCUAUUCAUGGUGAUGCUACCAGCGAACAACUGAAGCGGAAGGUUCGUGGUCUGAAGAUGAAGUUCAAAUCCGGUGCUAGUUUCACUAGAGAGCACGAUAAGAAAGCUUUUGAACUUUCCAAGAAGGUUUGGGAUGAUAAUGGAGUCAUUGAAGGUGAAGAGAAUGAGAAAGUGAAUGAGAAAACUCCCAAGAGUGCUAAGAAGGAAGCUCCUAUCAGAAACAAUGGUUCUGCUAAGAAAGAAGUAGUUGCCAAAAAGGGUGCUGGGAAAGAUGAGAGUAAUGUUGAUAAAAGCCUGGCUUUGAGUGAAAUGUAUAAUUUUGGUGAAGCUGCGGGGUUGUCCUCCUUGAAUAAGGAUGCCAUGAAAAGGGGAAUGGAUUUGAUGGCCGAAUCUAAGGUAGAUGAGUUUGAUGAGAGAUGGAGGAAGAUUCAAAUUGCGGAGAUGGAAGUGUUUGUGGCUCGCGGGCAGCUGAUUAAGGAUCAGACUAGGAUUGCAUUGGCGGCAUUUAAGAAAUCAAUCAAUUAG